GGGAGGGAGGGGGUGUUGGAGCCAGCAGAGAGCGAGCACAGCAUCAGUGUUGUUCCUGCCGUGGACCAGAGAGGAGAGAGACCCAUCACAGAACAACCAGCGGCUUGUUUUCAGGCCCAGCUGCAACAUCCCUCAUCAUGACUAAAGAGGAGAACCUGGAGGCGCAGGAGAAGGAGAGGCACGACCGGGAGGAGCAGGAGGAGGGGAAGGUCCAGAAAGAGGAGGAAGAGGCAUUGACCGAGGAGGAGGACGAGGAGGAGGAAGAAGAGGAAGAAGAAGAGGAGGAAGAAGAUGAAGAGGAAGAAUAUGAGCUAGGAGAGGAAAGAGAGGGGGAGGAGAGGACGGAGGUGGAGGAUGAGGACGACGACGAGCAGGAGGAGGAGGAGCGGGAGGAGCGGGAGGAAGAGAUGGAUCCAGAAGCCGGCCGGGAACGUGACGUCGAGCCGGAGCCGGAGCCCGAGCCGCUGUCAGUGUCUGAGUACCAGAGUCCAGUUCAUGAGCCACGCCGACGAGCCAUGGUGCACCCCUCCGCCCAGGCGCCGCUACCCAAAGACUACACUUUCACUUUCUUCGACCCCAAUGACCCGGCCUGUUUGGAGAUCCUCAUGGACCCUCGGACCACCAUCCCCGAGCUGUUCGCCAUCGUGCGUCAGUGGGUUCCCCAGGUGCAGCACAAGAUCGACAUCAUUGGCAACGAGAUCCUGAAGCGCGGUUGCCAUGUGAACGACCGUGACGGUCUGACCGACAUGACGCUGCUUCACUACAGCUGCAAGGCUGGUGCACAUGGAGUCGGUGACCCAGCGGCUGCACUGCGUCUCAGCAGCCAGCUAAUCGCUCUGGGCGCUGACGUGAGUCUGAGGAGCCGCUGGACCAACAUGAACGCUCUGCACUACGCCGCUUACUUUGACGUCCCAGAACUGAUCCGAGUCCUGCUCAAAGCCUCUAAACCAAGAGUGUUGAACUCCACCUGCAGUGAUUUCCACUAUGGCACAGCUCUCCACAUUGCUGCCUCCAACCUCUGUCUGGGUGCAGUCAAAUGUCUGCUAGAGCACGGAGCCAACCCCACUGUCCGGAACGAUAAGGGCCAGGUUCCGGGGGAGGUGGUUCCCGACCCGAUGGACAUGAGUCUGGACAAGGCGGAGGCUGCCAUGGUUGCGAAAGAGCUGAAGCAACUGCUGCUGGAUGCCGUCCCUCUGAGCUGCAACCUUCCAAGAGCCACGCUGCCAAACUACGACAACAUCCCAGGAAACCUGAUGCUGUCCUCGCUGGGGCUGAAGCUGGGGGAUCGUGUGCUGCUGGACGACAUGAAGCUCCAGACAGACCAGAGCCGAGAUGACAGCCCGGCUGCAAACCUCACACAGACCGGCACUCUCAGGUUUUGCGGUACUACAGAGUUUGCCAGUGGUCAGUGGGUCGGCGUGGAGCUCGACGAGCCAGAGGGAAAGAACGAUGGCAGCGUGGGCGGCGUUCGCUAUUUUAUCUGCCCUCCUAAACUAGGGAUUUUUGCACCGGUGUCAAAGAUUUCCAAAGCUGUGGAUCAGACACCUUCAUCCGUCACCUCCACCCCCCGAACCCCCCGCAUGGACCUGGCCUCCCGCCUCGCUGGAAAGACCAAGAAGGAGAAAGAGAAGAAGGAGAAGGAGAGGGAGAAAGCCCAGAAGAAGAAAUCAUCAGUAGCCAGUCUGGAUCCAGAGGGACUCAACGUGGAAGUUGGAGAUCAGGUUCUGGUGGCCGGACAGAAACACGGCAUCGUCCGCUUCUACGGCAAGACCGACUUUGCUCCAGGUUACUGGUUUGGAAUUGAGUUAGAUCAGGCGACAGGGAAACACGACGGCUCAGUGUUUGGAGUCCGCUACUUCAGCUGCCUGCCCAAAUAUGGAGUGUUUGCUCCGCCCUCCCGAGUCCAGAGAAUUGGAGGUCCUAAAGAAGGCUCACAGAACGACAGCUCCAUGGUGAAGAAAGUCCACCAAGUCACCAUGUCACAGCCGAAGCGUAACUUCAACACGAUGCGUUCUCCUAAAGACCUGACCUCUGAGAGCUCCAUAUCCAGGUUGCUGUUCUGCUGCUGGUUUCCGUGGAUGCUGCGCGCUGAGAUGCAGUCCUAACCACGCCCUCCUCCUUUGUCCUCUUCCACCAGAUCGAUCUCUCCGCUCUUUCUCUCUUCAUCUUUUACUUUGUCGCUUUCCUCUCUCUUUCAGUCUCUUCAGAUGUUCACUGUCGCCAUUCAGACUUCUCGUAUAGUGAAACCCUCUUCUCUCGUACUCUCAGCCCAAAUCCCUCUAAUUUAGCCGUUCUAUAGCAAAAUCUAUAGUGCCUUGUAUCUGAUCAAAAUGUCCUGCAUUCCUUUAACGAAACUCUGCUAAAGCAAUCCCCCUAAAAUAUUCUCCUCACCCCUUUACACGUCUUAUCUUUUAGUUUCAACAAGUCCUCAUCUCAUUGUCCCAGCUUCGUCCGUCUUUAUUUCAGGACAUCAUAAACCACAAAACAUCUGUUUGUGCUGCUGCGUGUUUUGUUUUUGCUGCUGCUCGAUUUCGGUCUCACCGAAUUUGGAGGUUUGCACCAGCGAGCUAAAAAUUAGGAUGUAAAGCUGAUGUUUUGACUCGUGGUUUGCAGCUCGCAAAUGUACGCACGCUCGUUAAAUCCCAUGACAUACUCUGCCUGCGUACCUGAACACAGACAACAGUGAGGUUUGCCAAACAAAUGACAACUGUACAUGAGUCUGAGUCCAGAAGAGGCCCAACGAACCAGGCCGACAGUUGUGAGGAAGCAUUAAUCUUCUGAGUACCUGCGACGCUUCAAAAUGCACACUUGUGUCACACUGAGAAUUUUAAGUGCCCAAACAGAACACACACUACGUUUACAUGCACACAGUAAUGCCCUUAUCCUGAAAAAGACAGCAUUCCUACAUGGGUAAUGUUUAAAAAUGAAUAUUUCACUAAUACUCCUGCUUACAUGCAGCUGUGUAUGCUCUGAUAGACUCUAGUGCUCUAACGUCUUUUUAUAGGCAAAAUAUGGAAAAUUAGAAUGGCUGGAGCCGCUUGUACCAUUUUGCUUCUUUGUGUCAAAAUUUUACGGCUCCAUGCCGGUGAGUGUUGUGGCUGGAGCCAUAAUGUUUUGGGGUUGUUUGUCGAUCUCUGCCCCAGUCUUGUGAAUGUGAUACGCCUUGAGGGAAUUCCUUCAUAUUGGCACAAACGUCCACAUGGACUCAAGAAUGAACUGAUCAGACUUUGGUGGUUUGGUGGUCAAAGAUCCCUGUGACCAAACAUGUUUUUGGAAGUCACCCACUAAUUAUUACAAAACUUCACACAGAAUGACGUGACAACAUUUAAUAUCCAGAAGGUCAAAGGUCAGCUUCACUGUGACAUCAUAAUAUUUUGUAAAAACACUUAACUGGCCAUUACUCAACGUCACAUCUCAGGAACAGAAAGGGAGACAUUUGGUCAGAUACUGAAUUGGUGACUCUAAUCUUGAAACAUCUGUGUGUGAAGCAUCCGUAUUUUCACAGACAUGGAUGGAAACUAAAAGAGACACUCGACUGGUAUACGGAGGCGUACAACCAUGGAGUGGUAAUUCUAGUUUCAAAUUUUUCCCACCGGUGGCGGACUCAUUGGCACGUGAUAACGCAGCCUCCUUCUCUCAUUUCGUUAACCACCUUCUUGAAAAUGUCGGCAUUGCGAUAUGCACAAUGGAUUUUGCACAAAUCCAUAAACCUGCAUGCAUCUCUACCCCAGCCUGUGAACUGUUAGCUAGUUGGUUUGUGUACAACUCACAGAGCUGACUAAACAGGCAAGAGGCCAAGUGUUGACAACUGCAGCAAAAACCACAACUGAGAGAAAUAUUCCAAAAGUAUACAUGCCCAAAGAAUGCUCCUGGCGUAUCCUACAUAUCUUAAUCUGGAAAAGGCCAAAUUCGGAAUAGCCAAAGGAAAUAUGCUGUUUAUUAGGAUAUUAGUGUGCAUGUAAGCGUAGUCACUGUGUGAAAUUCAAAGUGUAGAAAAUGUUGGAUCCAGAUCUGGUUUCUGCUUCCUCACUUCUCACCUGAGACCAAGAACUCAGUUGUUAUAACUGUGGACUGCGUGUGAAUUUUCAUCACCUGCAUGCUUUAAUCUCAGACGUCAAACUGAAACCAGUUAAUCAACGACUGACUUUGUCGUUUUUUAUCAUAGUCUCACAGUCAGUUAUAUUUUUUUAUCUCAUGUAUUUAAGCCUUAGAAAACAAAAAAGUUCUUGGUCUCUAUCAGCCUGUUUACACCUGUUAUCACAAGUGGACGGCGCUAAACACAAACAACCACCAAGACACAUUGUGAUGCGGUCACUCAAACCGCUUGUCAGGGACGCAUUUGACCACAUGUCAUCUGUGGUGUGAAAGCUAACACUUCCUGAUGCGCCACGACAAGGACUGCGUCAUCAGUGUCGGACAUGGUGGUUGCUUUGGUGACAGUGUGCUAACCAUCCAUUGUUCCAUUGGAUUCUGCUGGCACACAGCCGCUAGCAUGACUGGUGAGCAUGUGGACUUAAUAACUGUGCACGGGCCCCUUUGAAAUCUGAACACAAGUGUUCAGCUGCAGACGCAUGGCAGACACCAGUGUGGACGGUGAUGCGUCUCAGCUGUCCACUUGUCCUCUGAUUACAGAAACGCAUGCCAGUACCAGGUGUAAUCAGGCUCUGUGUCUCCCGUCACAUACUGUUCAGGGAACGCUGCUCUGAAGUUGAUCUGGGUGCCAUUUUAUUACAGUAAGAUGAAUCUGAUGUUUCUUAAACAACAAAUCUAAACAGUAACUUUUUGCUUCAUCACUUAGAAGAAGAAAAAAACAAUCUGUUCAUUUAGUCGUUUUAGAUGACGAACUGUAGUUAGACAUUAUAGUGACUGAACGCCUUAGAACAACUGUCAUUAUUAAUCAGUGUGUUGCCAAAUAGAAACAUUAGUCCAUCUAGUUACAUUUAAAAUACAGUAUAUUAUAGAAAUCUUAUAAAGAGCUGCAAUCUGUAGUUAACCAAAAGUGCUAACAGACCCAAAAUGAUUAUUCUUUUUCCAAUGCAAUUUAAAAUCAAAAAAGGUGUUUUCAGCCCUGCUACAUGUGAUAUUAAUGUUUUUGUGUUGCUGCCGUCACACUCGCGUCUGAAAAUAAGCUUAAUUUAAAGUUAAUAUCAGCUUUAAUCCAUUGGGAAAUUAGUAUUUGUUUAUAAUAGUAAUACCGCUCGUGUCCCUUCAUCAUCUCUGUCAUCUCAAGGUUUUUAAUUUCCUAACACAGAAAUUUAAACCCUGGAUAAACUCUCCAGAGAGUCCAUGAUAUUUGUGAAAGUUUUCCUCUCUGCUUCUCUUCCCCUCUUCUCUUAUCCCUCUCUUUCUCUCCGUUUAAAUAAGACCUUGCUUCCUUUUGUGAAUGUGAGCAUCUGCGAAAAGACGAAACAAAAACACGAGUUAAACUGAACUUACGUGUGUUCGCUUAAUGUUAAAAAUCUCUCUCGAAGUGUAACUGAAAACAGCAAUAUGUAAACAGUGUACCUAUCUCUGUGUGGAAAUGGUUCCUGUGUUAAUGUCUCUUUACACUCUGUAAGCGCACUGAUACAGAGAGAUGAACACGCUCACACACUCUGAUGGCCGAGGCUGCUGGAGACGAGACGCUCAAACAAGUGUUCAUACAGACGAGUCAGAGGAAUAAUCUGUGGAGGCAUGUUUACACCUCAGGGACUGGUGGAGUCAAAAGUUCAAGAGCCAGUGAGAGACUUUGUUUUUGUUUCUGUCGAUGAAGUGGCCGCAGUCGCAGGAGAAUAUACAGAUAAGUCCAACUCCAACUGUGGAGGUCCAAAGCUGCAUCUAAAUCUGUAACUGACAAACAUGUAUCGGAGGUUCUCCAGGUGAAAUCCUCAGUUUAUGGCCAUGAGUCAGCAUUCAGUUUUUUUUUAGACAAAUGUUUGUUUUACAGCUCCAGGAAGACUUGAGUAUAAAUGAUGUAUAUUCUGGACAUAAAACACACAGGGAUUAGCAGAGCUCAGCAGGGUCCCACCAUCAUGGGAAACCUGGAGAAGUCAUGGAAUUUCAGUCUCAUUUUCCAGGCCUGGGAAGGUCAUGGAAUUCCUAAAAAUCAUUUAAAAUUUUGGAAAACUCAUGGACUUUUGUUGUUUAUAAUGAAAUGAAUUAUUACAGUAAUUUUCAGGGGAUAACCCUUCACGUCAUGCAACAUAACAGCAAAUUUAUAUUCUGUAAGUUAGCCGUUGACAAGCAUAGCUCUAAUAUACGCCAACUUAGAGCCGUACAGUAUAUCCUUUCAGCAUCACAUUACCACUGAACCUUCACUUCCCCUACAAAUGUGUUUAACUGUGUGUUCAACUCUUGAAGUUUUGGUCAAAUCCAUUUGUUCUUGACUUUUGAAAUCCACCAGCCUGUGCAGCUGCACAGUGAGACACUUUGUUUGCUCUGGUGAAAGACCUGACUCUUCACUAUCAACCCAGUCGCCAGAAUAAAUGUUGGCAUUGCACCUUUCUGCAAACUAAAUGUUACAUUUCUGUGUGAUUUAACAACACUGUGGUUAACAUGAAGUUAUUUAGGCAUAAAAACAACUUGGUCAUGGUUAGAUUGUGUUUUGGGUGAAAAUGCCCACUGCUGGAAAUGCACUGAUGUCUCAGCAAAAACGACCACUUUAUGAGACACAGUCUUAGCUGGAAAAACAGUGAGAGGUUGCUAAGAAACAUGCAUGUUUGGUGGCUAAAUAUUUGCUGGAGGACAAACGCUUGCUAGAACACAACCAGUCUUGUAGUUUGUUGGUGUUGAACAGUGGUCUGCAGCUUGGCAGGCGUCUCGUCUAGGUGACCUCCUCCUCCAUGACAAAGUCAGCUCAUAUACUACAUCACUUUAGAAAAGUGAAACGUACAAAUCUGUGGUUUGCAGAAAUGAACAAUGCCGACAUUUUUUUCAGGCGACUGGCCUGUCACUCUGAUUGUGUCUGUGUGGAGUUCAGACUGACAGCAACUUUGUUGUUUCAGUAUCUCUCUGAGUCUGUCUCUGUGCUCUGCAGCCUCGGCUAAGGGAAACACUUUGUGGUUGCUCCUGCACACUGCUGUUGAUAACUGUUCUUUUUGUGCCCGUGAAAUCAGCUUCAACAUUAUACUGAUGAUAACUACAGCGCUUUGCACUCAUCAGGUGCUCAGUUUAGCUCAACCAGCUGCACAGUUUAGUCAGGCUGUGAUCGGACCGAAAACUUGUCAUUGUCAUCAAUAAACUCAAAGCAAAUGAGACGUCAAAAUAUCAAAUGGUGCAAGUUAUACUUCACCAAACUCAUAAGCUUUGAUACGAGUCGUAGGUUGAGUUAUGUGGCAUCCUGAUAGGUGAACGGAGCACUCAACAGUUUUGCAUUUUGAACACAAACUCCUGCUCUGUUUACGCUUAUGUCAGGGUGUUUGUUGGCUGGUUAAAUCAGCUUGAUAAGGUGCAGAGCACUUGCAACUAAAUGGAAAGAAUAGAGUUAGCAAAUCUAGCACUCUCAAUGUUUUUGGAAAAAUUGGAAAUUGACAAAGGAGCUUUUUAGAUGUGAACAUGUCCUUAAACAUGACAGAAAUUACUGUUAUUUCCUGAAAACUAAAAUUUGUCCUGGUUUGAUUUAUUCGGGUUAUCAGGAAUUCACAUUUGCCCAGAUGUAUUGCUGUACAAUGUCCCUUUAAAUUCCAGUUUUGUUUAAGGACAGCCAAAUUAAGCAUUCCUCUGAAGUUAAAUUGGGAAAACUAAAUUAACUCUACUUAAACACCACUUUUCUGAAGGACUCAUGGUUAUUGAAACUGUCCUUAAAAUAUGUUUUGCGAGACAGUUUUUUGAAAAGUGAGAAUGUUGAUGCCACGAUAUGCAGAUGACUCACAGCUUUACCCUUCUACAUUCAUGCUGUUGGCUACUUUCCCCCACCAUCCCAUCCAGACCUGAACAAAAGAGCCUGAUGAACUGAAGCAACUCCACAUGUUGCAGUUUACAUCUCUUUAUAAUUUUACACAAAGGAAAAUGUUUUUGCAACAAACGCGCUGCUGCUGCUGCAGCAGCCCUGCUUUUCAAUGCUAAAGCUGCACAGAGUCAGGACGUGCUGACUCCGUCACCUUAGAGCAUAGACGUCAGUGGACCACAGUGAUGGUGAGGUUUGUCUUUGUACAGUAAACGUACAGUACAGUUAAUGUGUCCCAGUGAAGCCUCUGUUGGUUUGAACAUAGUGUUCUUACUGCUGUGUAAAUGUGGAGCUUUCUCUGGUUCGGCCACUAAGUGUCACUAGUGAGUCUCUGGUUAAUCAUUUCAAGACAAACAAAUCGUUACAUACGCUUUCCUCAUUACAUAAUCUCUGUUUGAUUUGCUCCAUUUAAAGGACUACACUGGUUUUGCAGCCAGCAGAAGAAAAUGCUGGCGUCGUACGUUUCUGCAAACCAUGCAUACGUUACAUUUGUACGUUAUUAUGUAGCAGAUACAUUGAAAUUUUUGUAUGAAUAACGCUGUGGUUAAUAUGUGGUUAGGCUUAGGAACGAAAACCAUUUGUUAUGGUUAGGAAAAGAUUGUGUUUUGGCUUAAAUUACCUGGUUUGGGGGACACAGUCCUCGCUAAAAAAGGAAUGUCUCAGUAAAAAUACAGCCGCUUUUCAUACCACUAUCCAGACAGGACAAACUGACAGGUCACUACAAAAUAGCCACAUUGAAAGACAGCAAUGACUUGCUAAAUCACAUCUGGUUUUAUUUUUUGUUGGUUUUGAGCAGUGGUCUGCAGCUUGGCAGGCAUAUCACCAAAGUGGCGCGCCAUCAUGGCUGCACCUUGAAAGUCAGACCCCUCAAACGACUAAGAUCGCUUCAAAUCGAGCAGUCAUUUUUUGUUUUGUUUUUUUGGUAGUCAGUGUGCUGCUAAGUGUACUCCUGGGGAGGUUUUGGUUCCG